AUGACGAGUGAUUAUUACUUUAAAAAAUGGAAGAAUACACUAGAGAAAUUAAAUAACAUUGUAGAAUUGGACCUUGAAUAUCAGGAAAUAAAAGCCCAUGACAAAGAAAUAUGUGACGCAGUCCAGCGACUGACUGCAAUGCUUGGAAGUUACAUAGUUUGCUACAAUGACGCUUUGGACUGCCUCCAACAUAAUCUACAGCUACAAAAGACUGAAUACAUUGCUAACGUCGUCAAAAGUGUUGUUGCGAGGAUUCUUGAACUCAAACACCAAAUAACAAAAUUGGAAGGAACAUUUUUUCAAUUUUUAAGCAAUGGAUUGAUUGAACAAAAGUUGACACCAGAUGAUACUGAAUUUUCGGAUGUUCCCGUAAAAAAUGAAAGGUCAGACUUAGUUAAAUCUGCGGUUGAAGAGGCUUUUCUAAAGGCUAAAGAAAUAAAGGAAGCUGAAACAAAAAAACUCGACGGUGAAAAAGAUGACCAAUUACUUGAGGACGAUGUAUUAGAAAUAGCUUGGUGGGAAAAUGAGAAUGAGAAUGUUAAAUCCGAGCACAAAGGAAUCAAUGUGGCUACAGUUUAUGAAGUAGAAGAAAAGGUAUCAGAAGAAACGUUAAUGAGACGAGGUCUCGUUGCAUUGAUACAAGCGCAUGAAAGAUCUAGACAAGUAAUUCGACAUAAGACACACCAAAAACAGGAAAGGGAGUUCUGGGAAAAAGAAUUAAAAGGUACAUUAAAACCUAGUGCACCUUUUGAAUUAAGAGAAAGAAGUGCGAAACUUAUACAAAAAGUUUUAAGAGAAUAUUUUGAGUUAAAGAGAAAAAAGAAAAGAGAUUGCAAUCGAGAUGAGCUGCUUCAUCUGAAUUACUGUAAUAAAAUAAAUGCCGAAAAAUCUCAACUAGAUAAAGAGGCUAAAUCAAAAUAUGCGGAAUUAUACAAAAAAUACGAACAUCAGAGAGUAAUCGAUUGCCUCAACUAUAAAGAAAAGUUUAUGCAAAGAAGAAGAGGUGAAAUUGCUGAAGAAUUUCGUGAUUAUAUACGUGGCUGGUUCCAGGAAUGGUAUGAAAAAAUCAAGUUAUUCAACGACAUUCCAAAGGAGAAUCAAGGGGGCGCAGCUCUAAUUAUAAAAGACGAAGUACCCUCGCCAUUAGAAUGGCUAGAAAAAUAUCAAAUCUAUUUAGAAAACAAGAAAGCUAAUAAAAACAAGACUGCAUUACAGUUAAAAUGGGAAAAACAACAAUUAAAAAAAGAAGAAAUGGCUUUGAAGAAGGAAGAAUUAAGGAAAAAGAAAUUGGAAGCGGAUCUUCUAAAGAAGAUGAUGAAAAAUCCUACGUUACAUCCGGGAUACCACUAUCCUGCCUCAAAAAGAACUGAAAAUAUACUUACUGCAAUAAAAACAUAUAAGAAUAUGUGGUCUGCCGUCGACGAUGAAGCAUCUGUAGAAGCAAAGGAAAAAUAUAUAAAAAAUAUCGACAAUGAACAAAUAUGUAUGGAAGCUAAAAUGGAAAUUUGUAAUUCCAUUGAUGACGAUAUGAGAGAAGAGCUGAAAGUACUUAAAAAAGCUUUAAAAGAAGAAUAUAAAAACAAUGGAGAAGAAAUGCCGAAGCCAAGAAUAGAUAAAGUACAGCGUAAAAAGAAAAAACGAAGAAUCAAAGAAAAAAUAAACGAAGAUGUACAAGAUAAAUUAACUAAUCUUGCGAUAAGUGGAAUCUUGAAAGAAUAUCCAAGAACUAAUUUUCAAAAUUUCAUCGGCGAUGUUAACUUUGCAGGCGCAGAUCUUCGGUGUGAAUUACGAUCUGUUGUACCUUUUGGUGGUGAAAUAAGAAAUAUUUGGUGGGAAAGAUGUAGAGAAGUUAUCCAUGGUUUUAAGAAAAUAUUGCUGGUAGGGCCAAAGGUUAGCGGUAGGACGACGCUUGUCCAUGUCAUGGCUACAGUUAAUGAAGCUGUACUUUAUGAGUUAGACCCGAGUGAGAUUGAAAUUGAAAAUGUUACCACACUGUAUUUACAGCAAUUAAUUAAUAACGUAGCUGUUUGUGCUAAACAUACGCAACCUUCACUAAUUUAUAUAAGGCAUAUUGAGCUACUUUUUUGUACCAAGGUCCCACCAGCAGAAACAUAUAGAAAUUAUGGUCUAAUAAAACGUUUCGUCAUACUUAAAUUAUUUAAAAAGAUUAAUAAACAAGACAACAUCACAAUAAUAGGAAGUUGCACAGAACCAUGGCUGACCAAGAGUACGGAGAUGCUGAAAAAAUUCAACUCAGUUUUACUUUUGCCCGAAACUAACUACUCCGAAGUACAUCUCAUUCUUAGAAACUGGAUACAAAAUAACCGCAUAGUACCAUACAAUUUGGACAUUCAAAGUCUAGCACGUGUUCUUCAAGGAUAUUCAUUUGGGACUAUCAUAAAUAAAUUGGACGAUUUUCUGAGUGCCGAACGAAUCGUGCAUAUAGCAGCUCAUGGAUUAAAUACAAGGGACAUUUACAAUUUCUUUUUGGAUGAUGAAAGUGAAACAGUGAUUGAUUAUCAAAGAUAUUUAAAAUGGUACAACGAAAAAACUCACUGGGGUCAAUUAGAAAGAAAAUGUUUGGAAGAAAGAAAGGAAUUUAAAACACUUGUCGAGACCUGGAAGAGGAAAAUGGAAAUAAAGAAAAACAAGAAAUGAAUGUCAACAUUAAAUAAAUAUUAAUGA